AUGGUGUUUGCUGUUGGGGUCCUGAGCAGAUAUAUGCACGACCCUAAGGAGAGUCACAGUGUUGCUUUGAAGCAGAUCCUUCGUUAUCUCAAAGGAACAUGUUCAUUCGGCUUGACGUUCUUAAGGACAAACCGCUCUGAGCUGAUAGGAUAUUCUGAUAGUUCUCACAACGUGGAUAUUGAUGAUGGGAGGAGCACAACAAGUCACCUGUUCUACUUGAACGAUUGCUUGAUCACUUGGUGCUCGUCAAAACAGGAAACAGUGGCUCUAACCUCAUGUGAAGCUGAGUUCAUGGCAGCCACUGAAGCAGCUAAGCAAGCCAUUUGGUUGAGUGAGUUACUAGAAGAAGUACUUGAGAAUGGAAGCAAGAAAGUGGUGAUAAGACUGGACAACAAGUCUGCGAUUGCUCUCACGAAGAACCCUGUAUUUCAUGGGCGCAACAAACAUAUCCAUAAGAAGUACCACUUCAUUACAGAGUGCGUAGACAAUGAUCAGGUCGUGGUGGAACACAUUGCAGGAACUCUGCAGAAAGCUGAUAUUCUGAUGUAG